GCCAUCGUAGCAUCCCCCCAGUGACGUGGACGGCCAGCGAAUAAUUGAGCAAAGCGCCAGCGCACACAGCUUCUCGAAGCAGGUCUCCGGGCCUGCAGGCGACCGAAUAAACAUGUCUUCCACCCCCCCAAAGAAGGAGGGCGUGGAACCAGGACCACAGUCGCCUGACGAUUCUGAGCCGCAUAUGGACCGCGAAGCUCACGAAACACAAGCGCAAGGACUCGGGUACGAAUUCGAAGUCAAGGAGCAGGACCGAUGGCUUCCAAUCGCCAAUGUCGCGCGAAUUAUGAAAAUGGCUCUUCCAGAAAACGCCAAAAUAGCGAAAGAAGCAAAAGAAUGCAUGCAGGAAUGCGUGAGCGAGUUCAUCUCGUUCAUUACCAGCGAAGCUUCCGAAAAGUGCCAACAGGAGAAGCGCAAGACCGUCAAUGGCGAGGAUAUCCUUUUUGCUAUGACUUCUCUUGGCUUCGAGAACUAUGCCGAAGCAUUGAAGAUCUAUCUGUCACGGUAUCGCGAGACCCUCCUCGCAAAUCAGAACAAACCACCUUCCAGCGGGUUCAAUGCAAGCGGGGCCAGCGGGGCCAACUCAAGUGUCAAUGCCGCCGCCGGGGGUUCCUUCAGCCAGACCGAGAAUGCCCAACACAACAACGUUCUGAGCGGCGAUACGGAGAUGACGGAGCAAGACAAUACGGCCUUCGGCUACACUGUCCACAACGGAAACGGCGCCGCCGAGUUCUAAAAGCCGCGUCGAGAAUAGGAGGCAAAUUUUUAAGUCACAAAUCGAGUCGAAAUCUCGUGUUAGCCUUCUUGCGGCAUCUCGGCCACCGGAAAAGAAGAAGAUUGCGUGAGUGAGUUGACGGAGAAUAUUCGGAUCAGACUGUCA